AUGGCCAAAUACCGAGUUUACAACCGCCGCCAGCAGGGUCUCGCCGAGACAACCCGGUUGAUCCUUGAGAUCAGUGGAGCGGAGUACGAGAACGUGUUCCCUAAGGCGAGUAUUGACUGGGAUAAAGAAAAGGGAUCAACUCCGCUUGGACAAUUACCGGUUCUGCAUGUCCAGAAGAAUACCGGCGAAUGGGAAUCCAUUUCCGAAAGUCACACCAUGGAGCGUUUCCUCGCUGCAGAUCUCGGACUCCUCGGUUCAAGCCCGGUAGAAGCAGCCGUGCUAGACAUGUAUCAUGCAGCUUGGAGUGAUAUGAUAGCCAUGUUCAUGUGGAAAGUGUGGCGGGCAAGCAAUGAGGAUUCAAAGAAGCGCGGCGCUGCAGAGUUCUGGGAUUUGUUUCCUAAGUUCCUUGAGGCACACGAGAAUAUACUGGCAAGUAGGGGUCUAUUUUACGGAGGGAAAGAGCCCUCAUUGCCCGACAUUUACGCCUUCACCUGGGUGAAUCGUUUCAUAACCAAGUGGAUUCCGUCUCCCCCCGGCUCUAUCACUGAAGAGAAAUAUCCACGAAUGUGGGCACUUUGGAAGAAUAUUAGGGAGAAUGUCAGAAUCAAAGAUUAUAUUGAAAGUGGGCGGUGGGAGCUCAAAGAGUAA